UUUGGCUUUUGCUAGUUGCUACUACUUGGGGAUUUAAAUACCACCACUGUUUUUUUUUUUUUGCUUCCUGUUUCCCUGCUUCAUCAUCACGCACACCUCUCUUCCCCCUUCGAUCUCUUUUUGUUUUUCCUUCUCUACACGAUUCGAUUGAUAAUCUGAAUCAAUCGAAUCGAUCGAUAUAAAAAAGCCAUGAGUUUCUGCAAAAGGGUUUCUUUUGUUUUGAUCCUUCUUUACUUGCUUAAUUCGUGUCUGAUUUCAUCUUCUUCGAAUGGGUUAUCUCAAAUCCCUUCAAAGUUUCUUACUUUAGCUCAAAGGAAUGAUUUUUUCGAUUGGAUGGUUGGAAUCAGAAGGAGAAUCCAUGAGAACCCAGAAUUAGGUUACGAGGAAGUAGAGACAUCUAAGCUUGUUAGAGCAGAAUUGGAGAAGAUGGGUGUGGCUUUUAAGUACCCAGUUGCUGUAACUGGUGUUAUUGGAUACGUUGGAACUGGUCAACCCCCUUUUGUUGCUUUAAGAGCUGAUAUGGAUGCUCUUCCUAUGCAGGAAAUGGUAGAAUGGGAACAUAAGAGUAAGGUUCCAGGAAAGAUGCACGCUUGUGGACAUGACGCCCACACUACAAUGCUCCUCGGUGCUGCAAAAUUGCUCAAAGAACACGAAGACGAGCUACAGGGCACAGUGGUUCUAGUUUUUCAACCGGCUGAGGAAGGAGGAGGAGGUGCAAAGAAAAUUGUGGAGGCUGGAGUACUGGAGAAUGUGAGUGCAAUCUUUGGAUUGCAUGUCACAAAUCAAUUGGUAUUAGGUCAAGUGAGCUCAAGAGAGGGUCCAUUGUUGGCUGGUAGCGGGUUUUUCAAAGCUAAGAUAAGCGGGAAAGGAGGUCACGCAGCUCUUCCGCAGCACUCAAUAGAUCCCAUAUUGGCAGCUUCAAAUGUUAUUGUUAGCUUACAACACCUCGUGUCACGAGAGGCAGAUCCUUUAGACUCACAGGUGGUUACAGUUGCUAAAUUUGAAGGUGGUGGUGCUUUUAAUGUGAUUCCAGACUCUGUUACUAUCGGUGGUACAUUCCGAGCCUUUUCAACUAAAAGCUUUAUGCAACUGAAGAAAAGAAUUGAGCAGGUAAUCACAAGGCAAGCGAGCGUGCAUAUGUGUAAUGCGACAGUGGAUUUCAUUGAAGAGGAGAAACCUUUUUUCCCACCGACUGUAAAUGACAAAGAAUUACACAAGUUUUUCAAGAAUGUCUCAGGGGACAUGUUAGGAACUGAGAAUUAUGUCGAGAUGCAACCAUUGAUGGGAUCAGAGGAUUUCUCUUUCUACCAAGAGGCAAUACCGGGACAUUUUAGCUUCGUAGGAAUGCAAAACAAAGCUCAUUCACCAAUGGCGAGCCCUCACUCGCCGUUUUUUGAAGUGAACGAAGAAUUACUACCUUACGGUGCUUCCCUUCAUGCUUCCAUGGCCACAAGAUACCUUCUUGAAUUGAAAGCUUCAACUCUGACUCAGAGUUACAAAAAAGAUGAACUUUGAUAUGCCAACAUUGUCUAUCUUCCUAUUCUUCUACAUGAAAAAUUGUCAAAACAUGGCUUUUUUUUUUAACAGAGCCUGCCAUGUAAAGGUUAAUAAAAUUUGUAUUGCAGUGUCAAGCUCCCUUGUAAGUCUCCUAUUCUCUGAGAUGAUGAUAAAACUGAUUGCAAUAUCGAAGAAAUGCAACAA